AUGAAUCGUGCUUCAACAAUUGAAAACGGAGGAAACGACGAUAUACCGUCACUGCAGACAUAUCCUUCAAUUCAGUCGAUUCAGUUAUUGGAAAAUGGCCAAAAAAACGAUCAGGAGUCUGGGGGCGAUGUCAAAAAUCUAUCUAAACAUUCAAGUCUGCGAGCCAGGGACUUGAUGGUGGUCCGAAAUGAAAGACGUGGGAUUCUAGCCAAUUUGGCUUUGGUGCCGGAAUACAAAGAUGCUCGCGAGUAUCCGUUGAAACUGAAAAGAUUCAUCGUUUUGCUAGUGGCAUUUGCCACUAUGAUGGGUCCAAUGGGUACAAGUAUCAUUUAUCCUGCAAUCAAUAGUAUUUCUAGCGAUUUCAAGACCACCACAAUCAUGGUCAACGUCUCUGUGGGAAUUUAUUUAUUGAGUUUGGGUAUCCUGCCCAUUUGGUGGUCGUCGCUAUCAGAGCUUCGCGGUCGUCGAACCGUAUACGUCUUGAGCUUCUCGUUAUUGUUUGCAUUUUGCAUCGGGGCCGCUUUAUCUCCCAAUAUACGCGCGUUCAUUGUAUUCCGCAUGCUUUGUGGUGCUUCUUCAGCCAGUGUGCAGAGUGUGGGCGCAGGAACCGUGGCAGAUCUUUUCAAGCCCGAAGAAAGGGGCAAGUAUCUUGGAUAUUACUAUUUGGGCGCGUUGAGCGCGCCUUUGAUCGCUCCGAUUAUCGGAUCUUUGCUCGUAAGUCGAUGGAAUUGGAGAUCCACUCAAUGGUUCUUGGUGAUUCUGGCUGGUGCCACGGUCUUUUUGCUGACGUUACUUCUUCCGGAAACGUUGAGACUGCAAGAUAGUAAAAGCGCGAUAGCGUUGAUUCUGGCAGAAAGACGGCGUGGUCGCAAAAUCGAUCCCGAAAAUGCUUCCAGUGACAAUUCCGAGAAAGCCAACGAGAAAACCACGAUUUCUGAUGCUGAGGCAGAAGUGGGACUCGCAGAAGUAAACAGGGAAGAGGAAGAAAACGAGAUUUCUCGAAUAAUUACUCAAACGAGCGAAGUGGGCCAUUAUCCAUCUCAUGAAGAUGGUCCUCAUGGGGAUGUCAUGGCACCUCAGAUAACGAAGCUUAACACAAGAGAUCGGAGACUGGAGCAUCGUUUACGGGAAGGAGAGCUCAAAAAGUGGAAAACCAACGUUGAGGAUGAGUUGGAGAGAUUGGAAACAGAACGCAACAAGGCCGGUUUGGAAGAGUCUGAAGGGAUAAGGUCGCAGUCUCGCAAACGUGCUUGGAUGAGUGCGCUUUAUGUGUACUUGGUGAAGCCACUGAAAUCACUACAUUUCCUUAGAUUUCCGCCGGUUAUGUUGGCGAUCACAUUUUCAGCCAUCUCGUUUGCCAUCUUGUACUUCGUGAACAUGACCAUUGAGUACUGCUAUUCACGCCCUCCCUACAAUUUCAAGCCCUUGUACGUGGGUCUUCUGUACAUUCCAAACUCCGUGACUUACAUUAUUGCAUCUAUUUAUGGUGGUCGUUGGGUAGACAAUCUGCUAAACCGUUACAAACAGAAGCACGGCUUUUUGGCCCCAGAAGCGCGUAUUUCAUGGAAUGUAGUGACAGCUGCGGUGUCAUUUCCGAUCUCCCUUCUCAUUUUUGGAUGGUGUUUGGACAAAAAACAGCAUUGGGUCACCCCGUUAGUGGGAACUGCACUUUUCGGCUUCGCAUCCAUGAUGACUAUUGGUGCUACAGUCUCUUACCUUGUGGAUUCCUUGCCGGGAAAGGGAGCCACCGGCGUUGCUCUGAACAAUCUCAUUCGACAAAUGUUUGCAGCUACGGCUGUUUUUGUCACAGAGCCCAUGCUCAAAGGCAUGGGAGUCGGAUGGGCCUUCACAAUGCUGGCUUUCAUUGUGAUUGCUGCAAGUUCGGUGUUGGUUAUUCUGAAGAUCAAAGGUGACUACUGGCGGGAGAAUUUCGAUUUACAAGAAUUGUACGACAAACUGGAAUAA